AUGAUUAGCCAGUUUUUUAAACCUAUUCCGAAACCCACAAGGACAUUGAACGAUGAUGAUACUACAAUAGAUCAACCACAAACAAAAAUGUUAAAAUUAAAUGUUACCUCAACUUUUAACGAGUCUUCUAUUUCCUCGUCUAGCUUAAAUGUGCUUGAUAUUAGCUUAAAUAGUGAUGAACAACCUAUUCAGCCGAUUAUCAAUUUUCCACGUCGUAAAAUUUGUGAAAAACAACGUAGUUUUCAAAGUUCAUGGUACAAAGUUUAUCCUUGGAUUGAAUAUUCUGUUCAAUUGGAUGCAAUUUUCUGUUUUUUUUGUCGUCAUUUUACUAGUUCUAUAUCUCGUGAAAAGCAUCAAGAUGUUUUAAUAGCCACAGGAUAUAAUAAUUGGAAAAAUAUUUCGGGGAUGGCAAAAAAACAUAACUCGGCAGAUUCGCAUAAAACAUCGUUAGCCAAAUAUCAAGGUUAUAUAUCAUCAAAAAGUAUAGGAGCUGUUACAACUCAAAUGAAUAGUCAUGUCGAAGAGAAUAUAAAUAAAAAUCGAGAAGUAUUAAAAAGUGUAAUUCGUUCAGUUUUGUAUUGCGCACGACAGGAUAUAGGUUUACGUGGUCACAAUAAUGUAAUCGAAUAUUCAAAUGAAGACGAACACGACUUAGAAACUACAAAAAAUCAAGGUAAUUUUAAAGAACUAUUAGAUUUACUAUGUUUGGAAAAUGAAAAGUUUAAUAUAAAUUUAAAGUCCCUACCUGAAAAUGCUAAAUAUACUUUAAAUAAAAUCCAAAAUGAUAUUUUAUUUGCGUCUUCAAAUAUCAUUUUACAAACUAUUAUUAGAGAAGUGAAUGAAGGUAGUUCGGUUUAUAGUUUAAUUGUUGAUGAAGCUCGUGAUGCGUCAACAUUUGAACAAAUGUCAAUAUGUAUCAGAUAUGUACAUAAAUUAACUAUAAAAGAAAGGUUCUUAGGAUUUGUACAAGUAGAAGAAUUAGAUGCACUAGGCCUAACUAAUUCUAUUAUCGAAUUUUUAAAUUCAGUUGGUUUAGAUAUUACAAAAUGUAUAAGUCAAUCCUACGACGGUGCAUCAGUAAUGUCUGGUUCUACCAAUGGCGUACAAGUAAAAAUUAGAGAACUUUCUAAAAACAAAUACCCUUAUAUACAUUGCUAUGCACAUCGGCUUAAUUUAGUUUUGGUCGAUGUUGCUAAAUCAGUUAAGAUUGUUGACAAUACUAUUGGAUUGCUUGAAGCAAUAUAUGCAUUUCAAUCGAGUUCAACUUUACGUUAUAAAAUAUUUUCUGAUGUCCAAAAAGAUUGUGAAACAAUUUUAAAAGUCCCUCAACAUAGUGAUACUAGAUGGGUUGCAAAAUAUAAAGUAUUCAAUCCGAUAUCGACAAACUUUUUAAAUGAUGAUUUUGUUUUAAAGUGUAUAAAUUAUUAUGGAGAUGAUAAUUAUUUCUCUAACCAAGUAAUAAGUCAAAGCAAAUUAGCAAAAAAUAUGUACAGUAGUUGUAAAAAUAUUUUAGAUUUUUACAACGAAAUAUGCAUUAUGGGGCAGUCAUUUGGAGAAAUUAAAAAAGUCAUUGAACGAGUGUUAGUUAUACCUGUAAGUUCAACAUCGGCGGAAAGAAGUUUUUCAACAAUGAAAAGGAUAAAAACUUAUUUACGAACAUCUAUGUCUACUACACGUCUUCAUAAUUUAGUGUUAAUUUCUAUUGAGAGGGAGUUAAGUUUUGAAUUAAUUCAGGAUUCUACAAAGAUUGUUGACGAGUUUGCUAAAUUGAAAAAUCGAAGACUUCAAUUCACUAAAUAA